AUGAAAAAAGCUAUUGCUUGGGUGACUUUGGCCUUGGGCUUGCUGCCAAUCUCUGUGGCAGCUCAAGGUCAAGUUAAUGUCACCAUUCCCUCCGGUACCAUCAUCGGCAACUCGAUUGACAACAUCGAGGAAUUUAAUGGCAUCCCGUUCGCCGAUCCUCCGGUCGGCCAGUUGCGCCUCAGGCCGCCGCAGAAACUAUCAACUCAUCUCGGGGAUUUCUAUGCUACUGGCGUUGCCAAACUUUGUCCCCAAGGCCCCAUUAUUAGGCCUGACGAUAACCAAUCCGAGGAUUGCUUGACCGUCACUAUCCAUCGACCCUCCGGCACCAAAGCUGGCGAUAACUUGCCAGUGCUCUUCUACAUCUUCGGAGGAGGCUUCAUGAUUGGAGGCACAUCGGUGUCCAUUAACAACCCUACCAAAUUCGUCCAGGCUAGCAUCGAACUUGGUAAGCCCUUCAUCUUUGCGGCUGUCAACUAUCGGGUGGCUGGCUGGGGGUUCAUGCCCGGCUCCGAAAUCUUGCGCGAGGGAAGUGCCAAUGCUGGUCUUCUUGAUCAGCGCAUGGGCCUGGAAUGGGUAGCCGAUAAUAUUGAGGCCUUUGGUGGCGAUCCCUCCAAGGUCACCAUCUGGGGACAAUCCUCUGGCUCAAUCUCCGUCUUUGACCAGCUGAUUCUCUACGACGGCGACAACACUUACAACGGCAACCCUCUCUUCCGCGCCGCAAUCAUGAACUCAGGGUCCGUCACUCCUGUUGACCCUGUGGAUUCAGCCAAGUCCCAGGCGCUGUAUGAGCACGUUGUCAGGGAGGCUAAUUGUGAAGGCGACGAUUCUUUGGCCUGUCUCCGGGGCCUGUCCCACGAAGAUUUCGCCGCGGCUGCCAAUUCAGUUCCUGGCCUGCUAUCUUACGAAUCUCUGGCCCUCUCGUAUCUCCCUAGACCAGAUGGCAAAUUCCCUGCGGUGCCAAUGAUCUUUGCUUCGCAGGAAGAUGAGGGAACGUUGUUUAGCUUUUUCCAGGAAGAUAUGGGCUCAACGGAUAAGAUCACCGACUACCUCUCAGAUCUCUACUUCCACAAUGCCAACAAAAGUCUGGUCAGGUCCUUUGUGAGCACUUACAGCGAGCGGCCCGAAGACGGAAGCCCGUAUCGCACAGGUACCAUCCCGCCCUUGUGCCCCUAUCCGGGCAAGAAGAGAAUCGCCUCUAUCCUUGGCGAUAUUGUCUUUACCUUGAUACGUCGCUGGACGCUGGAAACCAUUGACGCAGUUCAUCCGGGACUGGAUCUUUGGUCGUCAUUUGCGUCGUACGAUUAUCUAUUGAACCCUCUUGGGACAAAGCACGGAUCAGACACAACUGUGUUUUUCAAUAAGACUAACACUUACCCUCCCACACUCAGGGGCCGAAAGUAUUACAUCAACUUUGUGUACAACAUGGAUCCCAAUGAUGGACUUCCUGUAAAUGUCACUUGGCCAAAAUAUACAGAGGGAAAGCAGCUUCUGUGGUACAACUUGUUGGCGGAUACCCUUCGGACUGAUGAUUUCAGGAGCAACACCUCCGAUUUCAUCACAGAUCAUAUUGAUUCACUGAGGUUUUAG